CUACAUAGGACGCAUAACAUAUCCAUAAUUAACCAUGGCGGCUUCUUCUCCUUCGACCAUAAUCCAGGUAGAAACCAAGAGCGCCGCCACCUUGUCUGCGGCGCCGGCGAGCAACAAGACGCUGGCGACGGUGGCAAACCUUGCCCAACUUCUGCCCACCGGCACUGUCUUCGCCUUCCAGGCCCUCGCGCCCUCCUUCUCCAACCGCGGCACCUGCGACGCCACGAGCAGGACCCUCACCCUCGCCCUCAUCGCCCUCUGCGCUGCCUCGGCCGCCUUAUUCUCCCUCACCGACAGCUUCACCGGCCGCGACGGGCGGCAGUACUACGGCCUCGCCACCCGGGGCGGCUUCUACGUCUUCAACUACGACGGCGACGACGGCGCGCGGGACCAAGUGUUCGGCGACUUGAAGCCGUACUGGCUGCGGGCGACGGACUACGUGCACGCGUUCUUGGCGGUGCUGGUGUUCAUGACGGUGGCGUUCAGCGACGGCAUGAUACAGGGGUGCUUGUUCCCGGCGGCGGGGAGGAGCGAGAUGGAGCUGCUCGUGAACUUGCCGCUGGGCGCCGGCGUCCUGUCGACGCUGGUGUUCCUGGUGUUUCCCACCAGGCGGCGGGGGAUUGGCUACACUAAUGCUGCCGUGGCCAAGGACGACUCGCAUCACGCAUGACGUCAUUAAUUACUCCCUUCUCAAUUAUAUUUUCAUUUAUAAUUUAGCAAUUGUUUAGUCUAGAUUUUAGAGAAUUUUUUAUUUGAUUUAGAGAUAUUUUUAUCAUAAAUUUGGGAAUAUCAAAUGAUAAUAUAUCUGUUGGGUUAAGUAAAAAAUUUAUAGAUAAUAUUUUUUUUUUCCA